ACCCUCCAGCCCCCGCCUUUGUUUCCUGCCUUGGAUUUUAAGGCGGUCCCCCUACAGACGGGCGAGGAGGUGGAGUACAUGCUGGCACUGAAACAGGAGCUAAGAGGAGCCAUGAGGGGUCUUCCGUACUACAUCAAACCAGCCGCGCCAAAGAAAGAUGUGGAACGUUAUUCUGAUAAGUAUCAGACGUCUGGACCCGUGGACAACGCCAUUGACUGGCACCCCGCCUGGAGAUUGUUGCCCCGCGAGCUGAAAAUCAAAGUGCGGAAGUUACAGAAGGAGAAGUCCGCCGUCAUCCUCCCCAAACACAAGCAGAGGAUCCCACUAGACAAAGAGGAGAUCAUAAAGAAGCUGGAGAAUCUUGAGAAGAAAGAAGAGGAAGUGAGUUCUGAGGAGGAAGAAGAGAACAAGGAGGAGGAGGAAGAUCAGGAGGAAGAGGAGGACUAUGAUGAAGAGGAACACGAGGAG